AUGUCAACUUCCGAACAGCAAAUGCAACAGUUAGCUGAUCAGGUACAAAUGCUGACAGCCGAACUGGCAGCACAAAGGUUGGAACUAGAUGCCGCCAAAAACGCGUUAGACCAACAAACGCAAACAGCAACAGCAGCAUUGUCAGUUGCACAAGCAGCUAUUGCACAAAUGGGGAAAACCGAAACCCAAAAGAAAACGUGGAAUCCCAAGUUGGUAAACCCACCGGAUCCCUUCCAAGGUACGGAUGCCGACUGGGAGCGCUACAAGUUCGGUUUUGCAACGUGGAUCAGCACAGUGGAUCCUACGUAUCCAGAUCUACUGAGGAAAACCGAGCUGGAAAGAGAUGAGGUGGCAACACUUGAAAUGACUGAAGCCGAUGAGCAGUUGUCAACUAAUUUGUUCGCCAUUUUGGUCGGACAGUGUCAAGCCGGCGAAAUCCCUGCAAUGGCCAUGUUAGUCCCAGAACGAAACGGUCUGGAACUAUGGCGACGCAUGCAUGCCCGAUUCGAGCCAGAAAAUAAGCACAAACCGUUUGCAUGGUUGAGAGCUUUGUCGAACCCCACGUUCCCGACAAAACAAACCUUGUGGCAAAGAGGUUUGGAAGAAUGGGAAGGAGAAAUUGCAAAGUACGAAGGAGAGUACACAAAACAAUUCGACGAAGACCUGAAACGGGCAAUUUUGUCCGAAGUGGCCCCAAAAGCGUUAGCCCCCCAGAUCGCCAUGAACUCAUCAAACCUUACGUCUUACAAAUUGAUGAGGGAAUUCACAGUGCAGUAUUUGAAAUCGAAAAACCUAUGGAAACGUAGUGCGGGAACAUCUUUUGGAUCCAUGGCCGCAUCGUCGACAUCAUCCGCUGCGCACACCUCUGGGCCAGUUCCCAUGGAGGUUGGUGCACUGGAUGCUGCGGACCCUGCAGCAAAGCAAAAAGGAAAGUCAACAGGACACAAAGGAAAUCAAAACGGUAAAGGUGGAAACAAAGGAGGAACAAAAGGUGAUGGGAAAGGCAAGGACAAGGGCAGAGGAAAGCAAAACCCGAGCAAAUCGAAUGCGAAAGGCGAGUAUUGCGCGAUUUGCGGUCCAGAGAAAGGUAAAAACCACAGUACAGAAAAUUGUUUCUUCAACGCCAGGUCGCACCCGAAAGGUGAAGGCAAAGGAAACAAGAAAGGAUCCGCCAAAUCCAACUCCGUAAAUGCAAUCGACGCGGCAAACGACGAAACACCCGUGCCUGCAGUUUUAUCGACGUUGCAACAACAAAUCGAUGCGUUGAAACAAGUCACAGCAAACCAAGGCCAGGCAGGCAAUCCUCAGCCCCCAUCAGCGCAAAACAAAAAGACCCAUCAGGGUGCAGUGACAUCCUCAGGAUCGAACAUGUGCUUUGCAGUGGGCGAUUCUCCGGCGAAGGCCGUUGAGAAAACCAAAGUGCAACCAGUCACGCCGUCUCCGCACAACAGCGUGGCAGCACUGCAAACAACAAAGUACAUCAUGGUUGACUCUGGUGCCACAACAAGUUGUGCCAACAAAAUGUUAUUUCCACAAGCUAUGGUGGACCCAACCAAAACCAAAGAGUUGUGGGCCAUCAAUGGAACUCGUAUCCACCACGAGGGCGAAAUGCAAGCAACAACCCAGAAACCACGGUGGUACCGGCCACUUUUCCGAAUGGAAAUCACUGACACCAUGGAACCCGUCAUGGCAUUUUGCCGGAUUUUGGACGAUGCUGAUUGCGACCUGCAUUUCUUCCGCUCUUCCUCUGGCAAGGUUUCGUGCCUGGUAACUCCGGAUGGGAACACUGUUGAGUUGCCACGUUUCGGAUCACGGUUUUAUCUGCUAUACGAAGACCGACCAAGCGCAGCCGCAGCAUCCGCAGCACAAUUGGUAGCAGCCGUUGGUGACAUGGAAAGCGACGUUGGUGAUCGCGAAAUCCGGGCAGAUGACGCUAGCGUGGACGGUGAAGUUGUGGAACCAACAGUUGAGCCACAAUCCCUACCGCAACCUCCAACACCUACGGAUGAAGCGCGACAAUUGCAUGAACUCACGCAUGCAGAUUUCGCCCCCUGGUGCCAACAUUGCGUUGCAGGAAAGGCACCCGAAGACAAGCACGUCCGAACGAACAAACACGAAGAUGCACAAAUCCCCGUGAUCCAAAUCGACUACCAAUUUUUCAGUCGUGAUGGCGAAUUGGUGGAGGAAGAAAGCCGCAGUGCAACGGUCCUCACUGGCGUUGACACAUCGUCAGGUUUCCCAGUCAUGAUCUUUGCACGCCAAAAGGGUGUCGACGCAUACGUGUUGAAAGCACUCAUGGUAUGGAUCACGCGCCUUGGAUACAACAAGGUGCUCCUGCAACAUGAUCCGGAGGAACCAUUGCGUGCAUUGCUGGAACAAGUACAGCAAAAAUUGGGAGCAGACAAGGUACAACUGAGGGCCAGCCCGCGUUACAGUCACCAAAACCAAGGAGGCGUGGAAGGCAUGAAUCGGAUGAUGGCUGGUAUGUUGCCAACAUGGUUGUGCGCCCUUCGGGAAAAGUACCCACAUCCAAAUCAGCCGUUGGACAUCAAUCACAUCAUCGUGCCGUGGUUGUGCAAAUGGGGGGACCUCCUCAACAUCCAUAAUGCCAGUGUGGCCAAUGACUGGCUGUUCCCGAUCAAGCUCCCGACGGAACAGCAGAACAUCCCGCCGAUUGAGGAGCUUGCGGCGUACUUGGUCCCCUUUGACCAUGAACUUGAUGUGAACGAAAGGCUGGUGCUCUUCGCACAUCCGGGGGUGCACGAACAGAUCUUGCACGUUCUGUCGUACACCACAUUGCCGUUGAGGUUGUGCCCAUCAAGGUGCUGGCACCGCACUUGCCAGUGCACCAUCCUGACGCUCUGUGCCAUCCCGUGCACCGCCCUUUUGUGGCGACAUCGCAGCCUGGAACAGCGGCUCCAGAACCUUGAAGAGCGCCAUCUUCGCCUUCAAUAUCAAGUUGGUCGCAUCAUCGAGACGCUGGGCUCUUGGGAUGACACAGUGGCUACCAUGUUUGGCCUUACUACACCACCACUUACAAAUCCUACGGGGGGUCUAGUUCCAGUGGAGGUGCAGGAUCUCGUGGACGUGAAGCAGAAGCAGGAUCGCGUGGCACUGCAGGCCGUGAGGCAGAUGCAGAGCAUGGUACAAGGGCUACAUCUGGCAUAUGAUGGAUGACCAUCUUGGCGGGAUCUGCGAUUCGAUCCUCAUUGAGGUUGACAUGGGGUGCGGCCAGAACCAAGAAUUCUUUUUCGACCUGACCCCAGUGACAUUUUUGCCGAACUCUUUCUCCCGUUGAUGACCAUGUGGUUUCAAUGGCUCCUUUAGCAGAAUGGACGAGAAUCGAAUGCGUCCUGGGUUCAACAUGCCCCCCUUUCUUUUAAAGUAGUUUUGCGCAAGGCCUGAAUCGAGGCC